AUGAAUACUUUUUCUGAAUGGAUUAACGGUAGUAAUCGGUCAACAGGACUCGAAGAAAAAUGUGAAGAAGCUCUUGGUCAAUGUCUUCUAUCAGCAACGAAACUUGCUCUUGCCGGUAUAGCUGAUCAAGAUAAAAAUUGUGUAAAAUUUAUGGAAGAUUUAGUACCUGAAGCUUUUCGAAAAUUACAAUGUUCUCAUCCUGUUAAUAAUUGGGGAUUUGAAAUUCAAUCAGGUGUAUUUGAAAUGGUUGAAUUAUUAAUUGAUUUAAUUGCUGCACGUUUAUCAUAUUCACCAGUACCUGUUAAAUUACUUGAAACAUUAUCAAUUGUAUUUGAUUAUGAUUCAGUUUUUCAACGAAAAAAUAAAACAAAACCAUAUGAUCGUUCAUUAUAUGAUAAACAAUUAGAUGAUCGUAUAUUAGCUAAUCCACCAUCAACAUCAACAUUUUCUGUUUAUAAUCGAAAUGAAACAUAUGGUUGGUUAUGUCAAAUAAUAAAUCGUUUCAUAUUAAAAGAUGGUAUUAUAAAUUUAAAAGCACAAUUUCAAAAUAAAAAACAAUUAACAGCUCUUGAAUAUAAUGCUUUACUUUCAACAUUUAUUAAUUGUAUGGAUUAUAUAUUCAUUGAUAAAUAUCGACAAUUAUUUAGUGAACAUAUUGAACAAGCAUUAGAUUAUAUUAAAAAUUUGAAAGAACAAGAUUUUAAAGCUAAAUCAACAAAUUCAGUAUUUGAAUUAUUAUCAACAUUACGUAAAAUAUGUUCAGCUGUAUGGCCUAAUCGUAUUGAACAAAUAGAACAAUUACAUCUUAAUUUAUUACUUAAAAUGAUUGCAUUAUCGAAUUUUAAUGCUAAAAUGAAUUCAUUAAAAGAAUUAGCAAAAAUAAUUGAAAAUGCAACAUCGAAUAUACCAAGUAUGACUAAAGCAUCUAUUCGACGUGAUGUUAUUAGUGAAUGGAUUAUUGAAAAUUCUAUACUUUCUAAAGCACUUGAAGGAAAUAUUGAUCAAAAUCAAUAUGUUGAAAAAGUUCGAACAUUAAUGGAUUUUAUUGCACCAAAAAUUUCCAAACAAGAUAUUGAAACUAUAUGGAAAAUGCAGCAUGGACGUUCAUUAGUUGCUGUUGAUCAUUUAUUUACUUUAAUAGCAUCGGCAGCUGCAAAAUUUAAUUUACAACAACUUAACUAUCUUAUUGAAUUUAUUUGUAAUUCUUGGAAAACAGAAACAAUUCUUAUACAAGAGAAACUUAUUGAAUUACUUGGCACUAUUGGACGAGAAUGUCAAAAAGAUUCGGCUGUUCGUGUUUUAGAAAUUCUUUGGGAUUUGGCACAUUCUGAUCGUCUUAGUCGAUCAAUGCUUGAUCAUAUACUUCAUUAUCAUUUACGUAUAUUUAGUGAAGGUCGUUCACCAUAUGAUGCACUUAAACGUGAUUAUUGUCUUAAAUGUAUGUCAGAUUUACAACGUAAACAAGGUUGGCUUGUACCAGCUAUAAAACAUUUAUAUGAUUUAUUACAUCAUGAUUCAACAAAUACAUUUAAACGUACAGAUGAAGAUCUUAUAUCAUUAUUAGUUCAUAAACAUGAUUUAAUAUCAGCAUUAAUACAAAGUUUAUCAACAUGUCAAUUAAAUGUUUGGAAUAAAACACAUGGACAUGUUACUAUUGAUACAUUAGUUGAUGGUCGUUUUACACAUGAAGAAUCAAUUAAAAAUCAUUUAGAUUUAUUAUCAUUUUUAUUAAAAAAAGGUAAUCUUUAUUUAAUAUUAAAACGUAGUGAAGAAUUAUGGGAUACAUUAAUAACAAGUGAACAUGUUAGUUUAUUUGAUCAUGAACUUGGUUUAAAUUGGUUUAUAACAUGUUCAGAAGAUCUUAAUCGUGAAUCUCAAAUAGCUUUAUUUGAAAAACGUGUAUCAAAAUUAAAUCCAAUACAUUUAACAUCUAAAGGUUAUGCAUGUUUUAAAUUAUAUUUUGAACGAUGUAAUUCAGAACGAUCCAGUCAAUCAAGAAAUUUUACUUGUCAUACAAAUGUAUCUACAUCAGCUUAUAAUGAAAUGUUAGAAUAUCGUGGUGUAGAUGAAUUAUGGAAUAUAAUCUUAUGUGUUGGUGAUGAUGAAAUAGCUAAUGAUGCAACACGUUUUUUACUUGAUUUAUAUUAUUUAAAACAACCGAAUCGUACACGUCGUUUAACGCCACAAUUACUACAUGGACAUUUUCUUAAAGAAGUUUAUAAACGUUUAAGUUAUUUACUUAUUACAGCUGUACCACCAUCAACAUCAUUAACAAAAGAAAUUGAAUCAUUUUAUAAAUCUUUAAAGACCUAUGGUGAACAAUUAACAACAACAAUAACAACAACAACAACAACAACAGCAUGUCAUACAUCGACAUCAAUUGAAACUAAUCAUACAUUAUGGUUACAAAAAAUCGAACGGCUUUUAUUGAUAAUAGAAGAAUAUAUACAUAUUGUUGAAAAUGAAUAUUCACCAACAGCACAUAUAACAUCAUUUUAUGGUUUAGAAUAUCAAAUAAAAAUAAUUCUUGGUGAAAUAGGUAAAACAAAUUCUUCAUAUGAUAUAGUAACUGUUCAUUCAAAUGAUACACUUCAAAUGUUACGUAUAUGUCUUGGACAAUUUUAUAAAGUAUCGUCACACGAUAUACAUAUAUCAAUACAAAAUACUCGUCCAUUAACACAAUCAUAUGAUCAUGUAGGUACAAAUAAUAAUAAUAAUACUGUUCCAUUAUCAUCUUCAUCUAAUAAUCAAUCAAAUAGUAAUGUUCUUAGUUCAUCAUUGAAUUCAAAAUAUCUAUAUCAACUUCAUAUAACACCUGGUACAACAAUUUAUAUAAAAAUUUUAGGUAGUACAUAUAAUCAACCAAUAAAACCAAAUAAUAGUGAACCAAUACGUAUUAAAUUAAAUAAUUCAUCCAUGUUAACAUUAACAUCUAAUAAUAACAAUAUGAAUACAAAUGAUGAUAUAACACGUUUAACACCAUCAAAUAUGAUGGCAGAUAAUUCAAAAAUCUAUGAUAUACUUUAUAAAUUAUCAUAUUUAAAUAAUAAAAAUAUUCAUAAACGUAUAAGAAAUCUUCUUAAUUUAAUGCCAUCUGAUAUUCGUAUACAUGAUUAUCUUGAUCUUAUAUCAAUACGAGCAGCAAAUAUAUGUACAACUGAACGACGACAAUCAACAGAAAAUGCUAAUAAUAAUAAUAAUAAUAAUAAUAAUCAAAUAAAUUCUCGACAAGCUAUUGAUUAUGUAUUUGAUAUAAAAAAUUCAAGUCUUAUACA